AUGCCCCGCGCCGAAGCAGGCUCUACCAAAGCCAUCGGUAAUAAGAUCAAGGCUAAAGGCCUUGGUCGAUUGCGAUGGUACUGCCAAGCAUGUGAGCGGCAAAUGCGAGACGAGAACGGAUUCAAAUGCCAUGUUGCUAGCGAAAGCCACGUCCGCCAGAUGCUCAUCAUUGGCGAGGACGCCCGCAAACACAUCCAGGAUUUCAGCAAGGAGUUCCAAAAGAAUUUCGUCGAACUGUUGAGGACCACGCAUGGUGAGAAGAAGGUUCAUAUCAAUCACUUCUAUCAGCAGGUGAUUGCGGAUAAAGAACAUAUUCACAUGAACGCGACGCAAUGGAAGAACUUGUCGCAAUUCGCCGCGCAUCUUGGAAGGGAGGGCAUUUGUCGAGUCGAGGAGACGGAGAAGGGAUUAUUUGUCUCAUGGAUCGAUAAUAGUCCGGAAACGAUGCGCAAGCGCGAAGCCAUCAUGAAAAAAGAACGACAAGAUAAGGGUGACGAGGAGCGCGAACAGCGCGCGAUCAAAGAGCAGAUCCAGCGUGCACAGGCCAUGGCCAAGGUACAAGAAGAGGAUAAUCCCGAAGAUAAGAUGCUGCAGCGCGAAGACGGCGAGAAGGUCACAUUGAACUUUGGGUUUGCUGCGAAACCGAAGCCAGAGACAAAGGUCGCUUCACCGGUUGCCGAGACCGAAACAAAGGAGACACCCGAAGAUUCAGAUGCGCCAACACCAGCUGAAUCUGGCCCAGCCGCACCUAAGAUCUCAAUGUCUUUCGGCGCCCAGAAACCGAAGAACGUAUUCGCCUCGGCGGCGAAGAAGAAUCCUCUUGCUGGGAGGAAGGGUCCUGUUAUGGCUCCUCAGAGGAAGAUGACGGAGCAGGAGAGGAUCAUGAAGGCUGAGAUGGAGGCUAAUGAACGGAAGCGGUCGAGACCGGAUUCUGGGUUUAAUAAUAAGCGGCCGAAGAUAUCGUUGAGGUAA